AUGCCCACCUACGAGUACCGAGGCAGCGGCGGACUGCUCGAUGGAGAUGACCCUAGGGGCCUCAAGAAGCGCAAGACCCUGGCUCGCAGGGUGGCGUCCCACGCGGUGAAGAUUGUGGUGGGCGUGCUGCUGCUGGUGGCGUGCGGGGGGUGGCUUUGGGCGCACAAGCACAAGCGGGCCCUGCACGAGCACCUGGACACCACCCUCACACACCUAGACGUGGCUGAGUCGGACAAGAGCCACCUGCGCCGCCUGCUGUCGGAGCGAGAAGAGCGGCUCAAGUCCAAGGAUCGGGAGCUGGGCGAGCUGCGGAACCGGCUGGAGCGGCUGACCGGCGAGCUGGGCAACACGCACAACAAGCACUCCCAGCACUCUGGCAAGCUGGAGCAGGACCUGUUGAACUGCCAGGGCGAGCUGCUGGUUGCCAACAACAGGGUGAAGGAGGUGGAGGCGGUGGCGCGGGAGCAGGAGCAGCUGGCGGCCACGUUCCAGGAGCGGCUGGAGGCGGAGACGCGCAAGCAGGUCAACCAGGAGUCGGCCCAGGUGCAGGAGAACGGCUACCUCCGCAAGGAGCUGCAGGAGUGCCAGGCCAAGCUGCAGCGCAGCGCGGCGGGCAACCUGGACCCCACCUUUCUGGCGGAGCAGCAGCGGCUGCGGGAGCAGGAGGCGUCGGCCAAGGCCAAGCUGCACGCCUCGGCGACCCCCGAGAACCUGGCCACCUGGCGGGGCCACCUGCCGCCCGGCCCCGCGCCCAUCCCGCUCGCCCAGCAGCAGCAGCAGGGCGGGGGGCAGCAGCAGCAGCAGCAGCAGCAGCAGCCGCAGCAGCAGGCGCAGCAGCAGGACCAGAUCCCGCAGCCGGUGCAGACCCAGCCCCAGCUGCAGCCCAAGCCAGUGCAGGCCCCCGGGCAGCCGGGGCAGCAGCAGGCGCCCCAGGAGCACAAGGCCCCGCAGCCGCAGCAGGUGGUGCAGGAGCAGGCGCACCAGGCGCCGCAGGCGCAGCAGCAGCAGCAGCAGGGGCAGCAGCAGGGGCAGCAGGAGAUCCCCAAGCCCACAGGCAAGCGCAGGAAGGGGGGCAUGAUGGCGCGGCUGCGCGAGGCGCGGCAGCGCCGCGCGCGGCAGCGCGCCCGCCAGGCUGCGCAGGGCGGCCACGCCUUGAGCCAGCUGGAGCAAGCGCUGGGGCAUGAGGCGCAUGAGGAUGAGGAGGAGCAUGCGCAGCCUGUGCCUGUGCAGGAGGAGGAGGAGGAGGAGGCGAUUGAGCAGCACCCCGAGCGCCAGUGGCCCUGA